CAAAGGGAAAGCGCACAUUCCUAUUGUCCAAGAUGGCGGCGUUUGUGCAGCUCCUCUGAUGCUGUCAUGUUCUUAAUCGAUUUAAUGCUUUUAUUUCGAUAUUUAUAUAAUUAUUCAGCCCGCAGUGACAGCGUCUCUUCGCCGUAGCCGUCGCCUGCCUCGCUGUUUUGGCUAACGCCGCCGGAAGUCGCUCCUCAGGCCGGAUUCCCGCUGCAGGCUCCGAAAAGUUUGAGCUCCAUCCUCCCGUGAAGAUGAAGAGGCAGGCCGGGAGGGAGAGCAGUCCGUCCAGGGCCGCUGCCAAACGGAUACGGGAGCGGGAGCGGAGAGAGGAGCUGCCCCCCCCCCCGCCGCCGCCGCUGGCUCUGCUGCUGGCGGAGAGCCGCGGAUAUCACCGCCGGAGCCGCAGCAGGGAGCGGGAGAAGCCGCGGCUCCGGGAGGAGCGAGCGGCCGCCCUGGAGCUCCACCACCGACAUGAGCUCAGCCUCCUCGGUCGACCCCCGCUCCGGACCACCGCUGCUGCGGAGCUCCCCGCCGCCCGCCCGGGGACUCUGGAGUACAAAACGCUGCUCAUCAGUAACCUGGCCUCCCAGGUGUCGGACGAGGACGUGGAGGACACCCUGUUUCAUGAGUUCAAGAAGUUCGGGGACGUCAGCGUGAAGCUGUCUCACACCCCGGAGCUCGGCCGGAUCGCUUACGUCAAUUUCCGGCAUCCGGAGGACGCCAAGGAGGCUCGGCACGCCAAAUCCUCCAGGUUAGUUCUGGGUGAACGACAGCUGAAGAUUGAACCCAUGUACGUGAGGAGGCGGAGUGUGACGCCCCCUGACGCCGGGUACCUGCCUCUGCACGCCCCCUACCCCUACAGACAGCGCUCCCUGUCCCCCCCGGGACCUGCGGUGAGCAGCAUCCGGGACCUGAGAGCCCGACACUACGCCCUGGAGACCCUGACCCUGAGUCGGGAGAGGGACAGGCUGCUGGAUUAUUACGGGAUGCUGGAUGAGAGGGGUCGACCCUACGGUCUGCCCCCCAUGCCGGUGGUGGAGGAUUUAAAACCCGAGGAUGACCAGAGGGCGACCAGCAACCUUUUCAUAGGAAACCUGGACGGUAACGUGACCGAGGCUGAACUGAGGAGGGGGUUUGAUAAGUACGGCAUCAUUGAGGACGUGGUCAUUAAACGUCCAGCUCGUGGUCAGGGGGGGGCGUAUGCUUUUGUGAAGUUUCAGAACCUGGACAUGGCCCACCGGGCUAAAGUCGCCAUGCAGGGGCGUCUGAUCGGCGGUAACCCGAUAAAGAUCGGUUACGGCAAAGCUAACCCCACCACGCGGCUCUGGGUGGGCGGUCUGGGACCCGGGAACUCCCUCGCUGCCCUCGCUCGGGAGUUUGACCGUUUUGGAAGUAUCCGUAACAUCGACUACGUGAAGGGGGACAACUUCGCCUACAUCCAGUACGAGAGCUUGGACGCCGCUCAGGCCGCCUGCAGUCAGAUGAGGGGUUUCCCACUGGGGGGUCCAGAGAGACGUCUCAGGGUGGACUUUGCUAAAGUCGAGGAAAGUCCCUCCCGGUCUUUUCCUCCUCCUGUCGCCGCCCCCUCACACUACGACCUCCUCGGGGAAACCUACAGCCGCCACCGCAGCCUGGAGAGGGAGCUGAGGGGAGGAGCCAGAGAGCGCUCCCCUCCCCCCCCCCACAGCCUCCUCUCUCAGAGGGAGCGAGACAGAGCCCUGCUGGAGAGAGACUUUCCCACCAGCCCCACCCGCAGCCUGGAGAGGAGGGGGGCGGGGGGAGUGGAGGCGUUCGGGCGGAGCACGAGAGGAGCGAGGAGCCGCAGUAAGAGCCGGGAGCGAUGGCUGAAGGAGAGGGAGGAGAGGAGGAGCCGGAGGAGGAGCCGGAGUCUGUCACCCGAGAAGCAGACGGACGAGAGAGAGAGGGAGAGGGAGAAGGAAAGGGGGCGGUCCAGGGUCCGAGGUCCGGGAGGGGCCGUCUCUCCUGAUGCCAGCCCCGACCGAGCGCGUGUCAGAGCGCCUGACUCCACCACAGAGCCCAGAGACCACUCCCCCGACAGUGGCGCCGGAGGGCGACACUCCACCAACGAAGAAGACCUCCCAUCGGGGCGCCACCACAGCAAGCGGACGUCCAGCGAGCAUCUGAACAAUCACCACCAUCGUAACAGCGAGAGCGCCGCCGCCGCCGGCUCGCCCGCCGUCAUCACAGACACACACACCUCGUCGUCCCCCAGCACGCUGUCGGAGUACGCGGCAGCGGCGCUCUCUAAAAUAUGGCACGGCUUCUUCGCCUUAAAGAACAGCAGCUUCCCCACCGACCUGUACCUGCUGGAGGGCGGGGCGGCGUUCUUCAACUCGGUGAUGAAGGAGACCCUGAAGCUGCAGAGUCAGAACCAGCCGGGCCAGCUGAAGAUCGUCCAGCGGCUCCGCAUGGACCAGACGCGCCUGGACGAGGUCGUGCGCCGCAUCAAACUCGGACGACCCGACGGAUUCGCCAUUCUGCUCGCUCUGCAGGGCCCGAUCGACCGCCAGGCCGCCGCCGCCACCGCUGCCUCCGAGCCGGGGCUGCAGGCACGCCUGCUACGCCAUCUUGUGACUUACCUGCGGAACAAGGAAGCUGCCGGUGUGGUGAGCCUGCCCGCUGCUAAAGAGGGGGGGCCGGGCGCCAUGCUGUACGCCUUCCCCCCGGGCGUGUUCUCACAACAGUACCUGCAGGCCGCCAAGAGGACUGUGGGUAAUAUAGACGAGGAGCACAUGCACCAGUAGAGUCCGAGGCGGCUCUCCUCGCCCCCGUCCCCGUGACCCUGAACUCGACAUCGAGCGAGUCCAUGAACUGAUCCAUUCCAGACUCUUCUGCCGAGCCGGACGGCGUGGAGCGCGUGGGCUCUGUUGUAAUGCAUGCUGGGAAAGAACAGGUUUCUCUUUGUGCUUCCCUUUCUGCUGAGAUCCACGUCCAGCUGUCUGAUCGUAUCACUGCUUCAGAUUUUAUAUUGUAAAAUGACUUUUAUCCAGUUUUAAUACAUCAAUCCAUCCAUCUUUGA